AUGAAAUUUUCAGAGGAUGUGUAAAAUUCCCGGGAAAUACUAAUAGUUUCGACACGAUAAACCACUUAUUACGCGAGUUAUGUACUUGCGAAAAACUGAGGGGUGGGUGUGGGUCAAUCCGACCCACCAUAAGAACGAGGGUUAACCUCUCAAACACUGGAAACAAACAGCUUCUCUCAUCCUACAGUUCUGCGAUAUUCUUAUUUGACAGCUGGAAGUUUCCUCUAAAAGAACGAACGCGUUUACCCGAAAGAAUUAUCUCCGUAUUGAGCGUUUAAUUGAUUGAGAGAUCCUUAUCUGAUAUACCUACUGGAUUACCUACUGGAUAUACCUACUGGAUACCUAUACCUACUGGAUUCACCAUCGGAAUGGGCCGAAUGAUUGCGAACAUUCGUCAGUAGACUCACGUUGAUAUACCUAACGCGAAAACGCCUGUCGAUAUGAUCUACUAAAAAAAACCUGAACUCCUAGGCCCCAUAACAGAAAAAGACUAAAAAAAGCACAGCGACAAUAGGUAUAGUUAUCGACGACAGGUUAAUUAGAUUCUCAUCACGUUUUUUCUUCGGAGAUUCUUUGCACCUAUGUUCUGUAUUCGGUGUCAGGAACAAGAGUCGAUUUAUCUACCAGCGGGAGAGCCGAUUAUUGGGGGGGACAAAAGAUAGUAUGUCCCACCCAACAUUUUGGUUGGGGGGGACAUGUCCCACCCGUCCCCCCCGGUGGCGGAGCCCUUGUUUAUAUUUUCAGCCAUCAGAAGUAGUUGAGAGUUCCGCGAGUUAUAUCAUCCAACAUGGACAAGACAGCGCCGGAUCCGACGGUGGCGGCGAUAACGGGGCAGAUGGAACUAUCAGUUCGCGAUGCCGCCGCAUCGGUGCUGGUGGCGCUACUGUUCGGGUUCCUGGUGCGUCGCUGGGUAAAGCGAACGCCGCGAGUAAUGGCCAGGGAUACACGGCGUGGUCACCGCUGGUCCCAUACGGGCAUGUUUUCUCAGCCGAGCUACUGUAACAUCUGCGAGUCUCUGCUAAUGACGUCACGUGGGGCGUUCUGUGACGCGUGCGGUGUCUGCGCGUGCCCCACGUGUGUGCGUCCGGCCAACAAGCAGCUGACCUGCAAGGCGGUGACGUCACGCGAGGCGUCCCACAAGCACCACUGGGUGCAGGGUAACCUGCCGUUCGACUCGACGUGCGAGGUGUGUGACUCCAGUGUGGGCGACUCUCCGGAGCUGACCGGUCAGAGGUGCUGCUGGUGUCACCGCACCAUCCACGACCAGUGCCGCAAAAACAUCUCAGAGGUGUGUGACCUUGGCGAGUUUUCCCAGUACAUCGUCCCACCCACCUGUGUCAAGGUACGCGCCACGACCACCGUGCCCCGUCGACUGACCGUGGCUCAGGUCAGCCGGCCGGCCACCUCGACAGGGGCCGGCGCCGACAAACCCUGGACGCCGCUUAUUGUGCUCGGUAACAGGAAGUCUGGCAGCACGGACGCAGAGCAGGUGCUGUCUGCCUUCAGGAGGUACCUGAACCCGGCCCAGGUGGUGGACCUGGGCGACCAGCGGCCAGAAGACGGUCUGGAGUGGUGCCAUCUGGUGGGACCGGAGAGAUGCAGGGUCCUGGUGGCGGGAGGUGACGGCACCGUGGACUGGGUGCUUAAUGCCAUUGAGAACCUCAAACUGCAGCCGCCCCCGGCGGUCGGUAUCCUGCCUCUGGGGACCGGCAAUGACCUCUCCAGGGUGCUCGGCUCGGGAGAGGCCUAUGUCGAGGUCGACCCUGAACAGGUGCUGCGGAGGCUGCAGAGAGCCGAGGUCAUCAAUGUCGACAGAUGGCUGGUUCAACUGGACCCCGUGCGGCACGUCCACCUUCCCGGCUCCACAGUGAGGAUGACCAACUACGUCAGUCUCGGCGUGGACGCGCUGGUCACCCUCAACUUCCACAAGACCAGGGAGUCGCCGCACUACCUCUGGAGCAGCCGACUCGUCAAUAAGCUUAUCUACUUCUGUUACGGCACCAAGGACGUGCUGGAGCGCGAGUGUCAGCACCUGCAGCAGAAGCUGACGCUGAAGAUGGACGGCAGGGAGGUGGAGCUGCCCGACAUCGAGGCGCUGGUGGUGCAGAAUAUCGCCACCUGGGGAGCUGGCGUGCGGCCCUGGGAGCUCGGACAGGGCGCCGGGGCGGCCGGAGUCCAGCGGCCCGAUGAUGGUCUACUGGAGGUGUUCUGCGUCUAUUCGUCUUUCCACGUCGCUCAGAUGCAGGUCGGCCUCUCCGAGCCACUGCGACUCGGUCAGGCACGAUCAGUCGAGAUCUCCCUGCGCUCCAAGGUGCCGAUGCAGCUGGAUGGAGAGCCGUGGGAGCAGGGACCGUGCGUGAUUCGGGUAUCACACCAUAACCAGGCGAGAAUGCUGCGGAUGUCCCGGGCGUGAGGCGGGUGUCUGUGACGGUGGGGUGAGGUUUGGGAGGGAGGGGAGGGUAGGCGCGAGAUAGCUUGGCGGGUCUGUGAUGGUUGGGUGAGGUUGGGAGGGAGGGGAGGGUAGGUAGGCCUGAGGAAGGGAGAUAUAAGUCAGGACGGGGAAGCGUAGAACUGACAAAGCUAGAUGGUUUGUCAGAACAGGGGUGCUUAGGCUUGAGAAAGCACGACACGCCAGAAACGUGGGAUGUGUUGUAACUAGGUUAGACCAGGCAAGGCCUCAUGUCAAGUCAGAACAGAACACUCUUGGUCAGACCAGGUCAGACCUGCUGAAACCACAUGAGACCAGGCUAGGCGAAGGCACAUCGCCACACCAGCGUUAACCGAGUCAGACUAGACCCGAAGAAUUCAUAUUACCGUUUGAUCUCCAGGUUAGUCGGACACUGACCUGUAUUUAACCUGACAUGCCCUGAAGCCUGGCGUCAAGCGUGCCCGGGGCAUCUCAGACCACAUUAAACCAGACAUGCUGCCUGUAGCAGCCCAGAUAAAUCGGUCCAAAUAAAGCACGGAGCGACGCAGAUAGAAGGACCAGUCUAGACCAGGUUCGUACACCUUACAAGCCCAGAUCGGUGAAUCGGUGACCUGUAGGUCACCUGAGAUCGCUUAGAGGUUACUCAGAUGACCCGAGUUUGUCCUGAAGCCAGUUUAUGGUCAGUUUGGAAGCGAGCUGGGGUCCGCCUGCAGUCAGCCAACGGAAGGGACAUUUCUGGCCCGAUCUAGACAGCCGUGGCUUUUGGGUCGGUCAGAAAGUAUGCGCUCGCUUGGAUGUUCUGCACUUGUCUCUGUCGGAUAGCUCGGGUCAGGCUAGUGUCGGUCGGGUCAGCCGAGUUCAGGUCCAGAUCAGGUCGGUUUCAGUCGGGUCACUCGAGGUCAGGUCAAGGUCUGGUCGGUUUCAGUCGACUCACCCCUAUUCGAGUCAGGCGAAUGCUACUGCCGCAAGAGGUCAAUGUGCAAGGAUGCUAGUUGUCUCGGGCUUUGUCUUUGCUCUGUGCUAGUGAGACGAACACAGUCCAGGCAUUGUUGUACCGUGUUAGUGUGAGCUGCUGUGUAAGAAAGGCACUGCCUACGUUAUAGGCCAGACUGUUGUGCUGCAAGAUGCGUCCGUGUCAAAUGUAGGCAGUUGUAUAGCUGUGUGCAAUUUGUGCAUUGUGCUGUAUUUAAUGUGCCACAAUGUAACUUUCAAAUGUUACCAGUUUCGUGACACUAUGUAUUAGAUGGUCUUCUGAAGUGCAUGAGUUCCUGACUGUCACACGACACUUCGCUCUAAGGUUUCUCUAUUGAAUGAUGGACUUCCAAUGAAUUGCUCUCCUGUCAUACCACACUACGCUAGGUUUCUCUAUUGAAUGGUGUACUUCCAAGUUCCAACUACAUGUAUUUGUACAGUAAUGCGGGUUGCACGUCAAGUGCGUGUGGUUAUGUAUGUCAGGAGAAUACCAAACAGGGUUUUAUAGCCUAACGCAGAUCAAGUCAUGCAGGAUACACACUAAAUAGUUGCGUAAACUUUGGUGGGACCUUAGGUGGCCCUCAUACUUGCAAGCGACUAUAUCUAGUUGUUAGUGUCAGCUGUUGAUGGUAUGUAGAUUCGGCUGUUGUAACUAGCAAUCUAGUUACAAGAUUGCUAGUAUGUAGAUGAUUGAUCUUGCUAAUCCAUUGGCAUAGCUAUGGUAUAGCUAUCCUGUGACAUUUGAGCUUAUGUUAUAUUUUGUUUACUGCCACGGGCAUGUAAAAUAUGCUGCUUUAGUUUCACAUGUUAAACGUGUGCUUUGUUCGGGCAAUUUGUUGGUAUUUGACUGACGAUUUUAAUUUUGUAGAUACAAGAGCGUGAUGGUAAUGCUUAAUUUGAUUUAGUUGUGUUCACGUUUUAAAAAUGUGUUCACAACAUAAGCUUCAGUCGUUUACAUGUUCUCACAUUUUCGCAAAUUAGGGCGUUUUCGCUUCGUGUGGGCAUCAUUAUUAAAUGCGCAGCUUUAGUUACACUUGUUCAAAAUGUAUUCAGGUGAUCUAAGUGGCCUUUACGUCCUUUGUUUAUGUUGUGGAUAACUUUCUAUGAAAUAGUCAUUCUAUCCCCUCCAUACCUAUGUUUUGACCGGAAGCAUGGGUAUUUCACAAUUCAGUUUAAUCUGCAGUAGUCUUAAGUAGCUUCGGUUGCUAAAAGUAAUCGGAUCGUCUUACCACUAAGCUUCAUCUUUGUCUUUUAAAUUAUUCGGAUUUUACUACGUGAUGCAAUUACUAAGCCCGUAUCCCUGAAUGCUUCAAGAGUAUCCUUCACUGUAUAAAUAUGUUAUCUUCAUUUCGUUUCUGCUGUGACCACUUUUUGUACUUUCUCAUUUCUAAAUAUGCCGGGAUUGUAUUGGUUAUAAUUAUUUGUAUUAAAUCACGCCAUGAGCCUUGUUGCAUAGCAAUCAGUACCUCAUGACAUGCGUUGUUUUGUAUGUUGCUUUAUGUUGUGAUUUUUAUCUGCGUAUGAGUAUAAAGUUGAACAUAGGUACUGUGUGAAGUGUGAUUGCUGCGUGAUUAGUCAUACUGAAGUGAGCUGCGUGUAAUCGUAUCAUAUGUCGUACAGAUUGUGUGAAAACGUCAAUAUAACGCAUUCCAUGGUAAAAUUUAAGUGUUAGUUGGUUCGUUUUAGGUCUGACUUGUGAUUGCAGAAAUGCCGGACAGUAGUCAUUUUAGCUUGGUUUUAAGGUAGUGUUUUAUUCGUAUCGAGCGCUAAUGAAGCUUUCAUUUACCUAUGCAUAGCGCUCAUUUAUUUGCUUUCUCGCUUGGUGCUUACGUUUUUCAGUUUUGUCAGCAGAGCCACAUAAAUUUAACUGUUUUAUUCGUUCACAAAAAUAGUGUGGGCAUGCAAGUCUAACAUAAUACAUACUUUUCAAGUUGUGUUAUUGACAA